AUGGCGAUGAUGAUGGCUGGCCGUGUGCUGCUGGUGUGUGCCCUCUGCGUGCUGUGGUCCGUUCCGGCCGAUGGAGAUAUUGGUGUUGUUUCUGGUGGGGAGGACAACAUUCUGAAAGAAUUAUUUAUUCCAGUUGCGAGAUUGCAGUUAAUACAAGAACAAGGAGCAGCAGAAGCAACAGCUGACGCAAAGGCAGCAGCAGAAACAGCAGCAAAAGAAGCAGAGGCAGCAGCAGAAGCAGCAAAGGCAGCAGCAGAGACAGCAGCAGAAGCAGCAGAGGCAGCAGCCAAAGCAGCAGAGGCAGCAGCAGAAGCAACUGAAUCAGCAGCAACAAAAGCAAAAGCAGCAGCAGAAGAAGCAAAAGCAGUAGCAACAAAAGCAAAGGCAGCAACAGAAGAAGCAAAAGCGGCAGCAACAAAAGCAAAGGCAGCAGCAACGGCAGCAGAAGCGGCAGAAGCAGCAAAGGCAGCAGGAAAGGCAGCAGCAACGGCAACAGAAGCGGCAGAAGCAGCAAAGGCAGCGGCAGAGGCAGCAAAGGCAGCGGCAGAGGCAGCAGGAGAGGCAGCAGCAGAAGCAGAAGAAGCAGCAGCAGAAGCAGAUGCAGCAAUAACAGUAGCAAAAUCAGCAGUAGAAGCAGCAAAAGAAGCAGCAGAAAAGGCAGCAAAAGCAAAAGCAGCAGCAGAAACAGCCGAAGCAAAAGCAGCAGCAGCAGAGGCAGCAGCAGCAGAAAAAGCAGCAGCAACGAAAGCGGACGCAAAAGCAACAGCAGCAAAGACACCAGAGGCAGCAGCAGAAGCACUGCAAUAUACAGGAGUCGGAGAAGAGGAGGUAAAAAAAGCAACACAUGAUCAGGAUAAUUCAGUCGAACACCAUUCUGGAGAAAAACAAGAGCUUCUACAAGAAGAAGAACCGGAACGAGAACAAGAACAGCAUGAAAAGCAACAACACCAACAGCGUGAACAUUCUGCAGGAAAUGAUGAAGAAUCCGCGAAAGACAAAACUGCUAAUGGUACAAAUGCAACCGCAAUUAAGGAAGACAGCGAUAGCAGCACUGCCGUCUCCCACACCACCUCCCCUCUUUUGCUUCUUCUUGUUUCGUGUGCGGCUGCUGCUGCGGUGGUGGCCGCGUGA